GCAGAAAGCAGCUUCUCUCCUCCCAAGAGACAGGAACGCACCAAUGCCUGCGCUGAGGCUGUCUGCACUGGUGAGGAACGAGCAGAUGAAUAUCGGAGGAAUCCUAAUGCAGCCCCGUCACUCCCAGUUCUUGAUCUGAGUUUGGUUUGCCAGGAGCAGGAGGAGCUGGAGGCAGAAGACCUAAGAUUUAAUAGGAUUAAAGAAAUCCAGCCUGGAGAGUUUAGACGGCUUAAAAACCUGAACACACUGCUUCUAAACAACAAUCAGAUCAAAAGAAUACCUAGUGGGGCAUUUGAAGACCUUGAAAAUCUGAAAUAUCUCUAUUUGUACAAGAAUGAAAUCCAGUCAAUUGACAGGCAAGCAUUUAAAGGACUUGCCUCUCUAGAACAACUGUAUCUGCACUUUAAUCAAAUAGAAACGUUGGAACCUGAAUCCUUUACCCAUCUUCCAAAACUUGAAAGGCUAUUUUUGCAUAACAACAGAAUAUCUCAUUUGAUUCCUGGAACAUUUAGUCACUUAGAAUCUAUGAAGAGACUACGUUUGGAUUCAAACGCUCUUCACUGUGACUGUGAAAUCCUGUGGCUGGCAGAGCUGUUGAAGACGUACGCGGAGUCAGGUAAUGCUCAAGCAGCAGCUACCUGUGAGUAUCCACGAAGGAUCCAGGGAAGAUCAGUGGCCACGAUAACACCAGAAGAACUGAACUGUGAGAGGCCAAGAAUUACAUCAGAGCCUCAGGAUGUGGACGUUACCUCAGGGAAUACAGUGUACUUCACUUGCAGAGCUGAAGGCAAUCCUAAACCAGAAAUUAUCUGGCUUCGAAACAAUAAUGAGCUCAGUAUGAAAGAAGAUUCCCGUCUAAACUUGCUAGAUGAUGGCACGUUAAUGAUUCAGAACACUCAAGAAACAGACCAAGGCAUUUACCAGUGCAUGGCAAAAAAUGUGGCUGGGGAAGUGAAAACUCAGGAAGUUACUCUUAGAUACUUUGAGUCACCAGCCCGGCCAAGUUUUGUGAUUCACCCGCAAAAUACCGAAGUGCUAGUUGGAGAGAGCGUUACCUUGGAGUGCAGCGCAACCGGGCACCCUCAGCCACGCAUUACCUGGACCAAAGGCGACAGAACCCCUUUACCAAGUGACCCUCGCAUCACGAUAACUCCAUCGGGAGGACUUUACAUACAAAAUGUGAAGCAGGAGGACAGUGGCGAGUAUACCUGUUUUGCAACUAACAGCAUAGAUAAUAUCCAUGCAACUGCAUACAUCAUAGUCCAAGCUCUACCUCAGUUUACUGUCACUCCUCAAGACAAAACAGUGAUUGAAGGACAAACUGUUGACUUCCCUUGUGAAGCGCAAGGCUAUCCCCAGCCUGUUAUUGCCUGGACUAAAGGAGGAGGCCAGUUGUCUGUUGACAGAAGACACUUAGUUCUAUCCUCUGGAACCCUAAGGAUUUCCAGGGUUGCUCUGCAUGACCAGGGACAGUAUGAAUGCCAAGCUGUCAACAUUAUCGGAUCUCAACGAAUUGUUGUUUACCUGACUGUACAGCCUAGAGUGACUCCUGUAUUCGCCAGCGUUCCCAGUGACAUGACAGUGGAGGUUGGCACAAACGUGCAGAUCCCGUGCAGCGCUCAAGGAGAGCCGGAGCCAGUAAUUACAUGGAAUAAG